AUGUAUGCUAUUCUCUUAUUUGGGACAACAGAAUGUUUCUUUCUGGUAGUCAUGGCUUAUGACCGUUUCAUUGCCAUCUCGAGGCCACUGCACUAUACUUUGAUCAUGAGCAGCACAGUUUGCAUUGUGUUAGCUGCUGUUUCAUGGUUUCUAGCCUUUCUGUUUACUGUAAUUCCUUGCCUUGUAAAGCCAGCCAGAUUUUGUGGAAACAAUGAAAUUGACCACAUUGGAUGUGAACAAUCUAUCAUGAAACUGAUUUGUACUGAUACCUCUUCAAGCCAGAUACAGAUUUCUUCCUUUUGCAUAUUUAUUCUCCUUCUUCCCCUUGCCUUUAUCCUUUUUUCUUACAUGCGCAUUCUUCAGUCCAUCCUAAGAAUGCCUGCAGAAGAGGGCAGAAUGAAGGCUUUUUCUACAUGUGGGUCCCACCUGUCUGUAGUGACUGUGUAUUAUGGUGUUGCCAUUUUUACAUAUCUUCUUCCUCCAAAUGAGAACAUGUGUGAGGCUGAAAAGAUACUUUCUAUCUUUAAUUCUGUAUUAAUCCCUGUAUUCAAUCCUUUAGUUUACACCCUCCGAAGUCAAGAGGUUCUGUGGGCACUAGGAAGAAUGCUAAUGAAGAACAAGUCAGACAUGCAAUAUUGA